AUGCCGCCUCCUAACUCCGCAUCAGUACGCAUCUCUCCCAUCACUGCAUCUAUGGGCUCAUCUGAUCUGAUCCAGCACGGCACUCCCACAUUAUCACCCACACCUGCCCCCCAGCCGUUGUCGCGAUCAUCGAAUUCCGCCUCACCGGCCUCUGCGGAGUCCGAUAAUGCCCACGAUGAUAACGUGAGCUUUCUUCGAUCGCGCUCCGUACUCUCCAACCCAAUAUUGUCAUCCCUCAACCGCCAUCGACGUCCUCGGCAUCAAAUACCCCCGCCUCCGCCCCCACGGCCGAUGGAAGACGACGAUCGGAUCGACCUAGAUGAUCCCAGUAUGAGCCUGUCCGUCGAGAUCAACCGCCGCAUUCCCAUCGUACGCCGCCAACGAGAACAAUCCCGCAAUAUGCCGAAUUACGAGGGUCGCAUCUCCAACACUCGAUCGCUGUAUGGCUGGGCUCCUGGGUCCGACGAUGAGGACGAUGAUGCCGGCGAGGACUCGGAUGAUGAUGCAGUCCAGCCUUUCCUUCAUGCUGUUUCAGAUGGCAACGCCGCCCCAGAACGAUCUCCACGGAACGAACCGACCGGCCGCACGCCGCCCAUCAUAUCGGGAGACGAGCCGACAGAAGGACGCAGUCGAUUUCGGAAUCCACCGAUCACAACAAUGGAGGCUUUGCUACAGUCGGCAAGACGCCAACCGAGACUAGCGAGAACCCGCACUCUUGAAAGCUACCUCUUGGAACGAUACUCAGACCGCCCCAGCCAGAUUCCCGAAGAUGGUGAGCGUGCCGCACCAUCCGCGUCCCGGGCGUAUCGAUACCGACCACCCAAUGACCCCCACCGGCCCCUGACUCAUAAUGACUUGCGUGCUCGGGCUGCGGCGCAUCGGCAGCUGCACUUGGACAACUCUGGGAAUGCGCUUUUGAAGGAGACGAUCAACUACCUGGAUCGUCUGCGGUACUCGAACUCGUACGAAGAAAGCCUUAGCUCUGCCGCCGAAAGAGGGUUCAUAUCGAUGGAUAACUUGUCUUCCUGGAAGGAUAACGACCUCGUCCUCGACACCGGAACUAUCGCGCCCCCACCAGCCUGCUCAUGGCUUCGGCCGGGAAUGGUUUUCUCGGGGUGCCAGCGAGCCGCAAGUGCAGGGUGUUCAGUGCUAUCCCAACGUGUGCCCAGUCCGCAUGCUCCCAGUGACCCGGUGAUCGUCAACGGCAGUGAUAGCGCGCGGAUCAGCGUGUAUACGACCAGUGGCCGCCGAUAUCUGGCGAACAGCCGCGACGAGAACUGGCCCGUCAAAGUCACCAUUCACAAUAUCAACCAUGAAGACAUGACCCUGGCCGGGACGAUGGAGGCGUACAACAUUCCCGACAAAACCUCGCCCACUCAUGACGCGCACAUUGUCACUUUCCUCGAAGGCGAGAUUAUCGAUUUCAAUGCCCACACCCUUGAAACGAAGAACUUCAAGGCGGAUGCCGACAUCGAUAGUACAUACUGGCGCGAACUCCAACCUUUCAAAGAUCUGACCGAGGACCAGAUGGUCAAGAAUCUCGUGAGCCGGAAAUGGAUUACGGAGCAAUUAGCACAAGGGUGGAUCUUGAUGCGAUGGAAGGAGCGAUGCUUCAUCACCCCCACCAACUCUCGUCAAGGUCUUACCAUUUCCGGGUUCUACUACAUCUCUCUCCGCCGCGACAAUGGCCACAUCGAAGGACUCUAUUAUGAUCCUGGAAGUUCGCCCUAUCAGCAGCUGUCCCUCAAGCCGGAAAUUGUGAAGAUGGUUCAACCAUCCUACACCUUCCGGUAG